AUGCCAGAGAACCCACAUCACGGCAGUGACCACCUGGGCAAGGAAGUUGAUCGUCGCGUACUCCUCCUCGUCUCUCCUGCCGACGACAAGGACAACGCCGCUGCUGUCAUCAACCUCUGGGGCCAGCUAAAGAUCCCGGACCCGUUCGUCUGGUCCCAUGCCGAAACUCUGGCCUCAUCGGGGAGGGAGCUGGACGCUCCGGUGGUCGACGUCGGCGCCGCCAUGCGCGGUGACUACGCCGGGAUUCGCCGCGCCGCCGAGCAGGUCUCCGGGGCGUGCUCGAGCCACGGGCUCUUCCAGAUGACCGGGCACGGCCUGGACCCCACGCUUGCCCGUGCCGUGCUCGAUGGCGCCGCCGACUUCUUCCGCCUGCCUCUCGCCACGAAGCAGCGCGCCAGCCGCGCUCCGGGGAACGUCACCGGCUACACCGCCGCGCACGCAGACCGCUUCACGGCCAAUCUGCCCUGGAAGGAGACGCUCUCCUUUGGCCACUGUGACCGCCGGACAUCCGGCAGCCAUGUUGUCGUGGACUACAUCACCUCCACGCUAGGAAGCGACUUCAAACCCUUAGGGGUGGUGUAUCAGGACUACUGCAACGCGAUGAAGGAGGUGUCGCUGGCGAUAAUGGAGGUGAUAGGGGUGAGCCUGGGCGUGGGCCGGAGCUACUACAGGGACUUCUUCGCCGACGGCAGCUCCAUCAUGAGGUGCAACUACCACCCACCGUGCCCGGAGCCGGAGCGGACGCUGGGGACGGGGCCUCACUGCGACCCGUCGGCGCUCACCGUCCUGCUGCAGGACGGCGACGUAGACGGGCUCCAGGUGCUCGUCGACGGCGAGUGGCGGGCCGUGCGGCCGAGGACCGGCGCGCUCGUCGUCAACAUCGGGGACACAUUCAUGGCGCUGUCGAACGGGCUGUACCGGAGCUGCCUCCACCGCGCGGUGGUGCACCGGGAGCGGGAGCGCCGGUCGCUGGUCUUCUUCCUCUGCCCGCGCGAGGACCACGUGGUGCGCCCGCCGCCGUGCCUUCUUGCCGUUGCCGCACGCGAGCAGGAGCAGCCGCGGCGGUACCCGGACUUCACCUGGGCAGACCUGGCGCGCUUCACGCAGCGCCACUACCGCGCCGACGCCGGCACGCUCGACGCCUUCGCGCGCUGGCUCGGCGCCGCCGCCACCUGCGCCGCGGCGACGUCGGCGUCCCACUGCCCUGACACGGCCCACGAGACAGUUUAG